AUGAAUGGUAGAUAUUCAGAAAACAAUUAUAAGGCACAGCUCGCUGACAGAUUUAAUCAAUUCUAUCUUCAAAUUACAUCCUCUGAUGUUCAGCAAAUAGGGAAUUACCAGAUCACCUCAGAUUUGGGAGAAGGUGCCUUUGGCAAAGUGUACUUGGCGAACCAUGUGCUCCUAAAUGUUCCAGUUGUCCUUAAGUGUGGUCCCAAAGAUGACCCAAAUAUCGUAAGAGAAAUAUACUACCACAGCCAACUACGUCACAAGCACAUUGUUAAGUUGUACGAAGUAAUCAAAACGGAAACUCACUUAUGGAUGGCCCUAGAAUAUUGUGAGGGUAAUGAGUUGUACUAUCACAUAUACAAUUCCAGAAGGCUAGAUUAUAAGCAAUGUCAAAAGUUGUUCUAUCAAAUAAUUCUUGGUGUAUCAUAUGUUCAUCUGUUGAACCUAUGUCAUCGAGACUUGAAGCUAGAGAAUAUUUUACUUGCAGAUCUGAAAAAGACGUUGGUUAAGUUAACAGAUUUUGGAUUUGUUAGGGAAUUCAAUCCUAAGAAGAGGUCUUUACUCUCCACUAUUUGUGGUACCACAGUGUACAUGGCACCAGAAAUGUUAGCAAGCUCCAAGUAUUCGGGCUUUCUGGCUGAUGUAUGGUCCUUAGGUGUGAUAUUGUACACAAUGUUGUACGGAGAAAUGCCAUUUGAUGAAGAUGAUGACAUGCAAAAUAAAUAUAUGAUUGUAAAUGAGGAGCCCAAGUACCGAGAAAUUAUACCGAAGGAUGCAAUUGAGUUGAUUAAACUGAUGCUUGUAAAAGAUCCAAAGAAGAGGGCUACCUUGGCCGAUAUAAUGAAUUCUUCAUUCUUACAAGGAAUGGCUGUCAAAAGGCGAAGUAGUAACUCCACAUCGAAAAGAAGAAUCAGCGACUCCGAAUCAAUCUUAUCCAUAAAUCAACAUUACCAAGCACUAGAACAACAAGGAAGCAAAGGUGGUACAAACUCUGGCAACCACAAUACAUCUAGUGGGGCUAAUAAUGCCGGUGUUCCACCGAAUUGUGCUAGGCAACCUUUUGAAACCAAAAUCGAAAAGAAUCUAUUAAAAUCGUUCACCAAAUUGAACGUAGAUUUAGAACAAAUUAAACAAAACAUAAUUGAAAACAAAACAAAUACAUUGACUGCAUUUUACGAAUUAGCAUUAACAAGGGAGUAUAAACGAAAGAAGUUGAAAUAUUAUCAGGAGAGAAGAAAGAGAUAUAAGGAAGCCAAAAGAAGUUUGAAGAAUUCUAAACAAAAGGUUAAGAGUGCAUUAUCAUUAACAGAUCAAGUAAAUGGUACUCAACCCUUGGAAAGAAUUUUAAGUAGUUUGAGUAUCAGUUCAAGAGGUGGCGCUGGAGGUAGUGUCAGCGGACAAAGCCGCCCUGGAGAUAGAAGAAGUAUAAUAAGCAUGAAUAGAGAACAUGGAGGUUCGGCAGGUACUGUUCCUCAGACCAUUCCCAGUAGUGUGCCUUUAAUUGCUUCUCCUGCUACAAAUCCAUCAAUUGGUUCCAUUUCUAUGGCUCCAGCCAAUCCAAACGCUGCUGGCCAACAAUCCCCGUCUUCAAGAGCUGUAUCUUUCCUCCAACCAGAGAGAGAUACGGUGAGUACACACUCGUCAACUUACCCUUAUUUGGGAAUAGAAGACAAAACAAGGAAGAGAAGGAUUCUUAACAAGCUACAAUUUUGGAAAAAGGGAGCCGACGAAAUGGAUGAUAUUCAUGAAGAGAAAAACAGUAUAGGUAAUACUAUUAGUAUUUCUACCAGUAGUGAAGGGAAUGAGAAAGCUAGCGAUGAAAAGAAAAUCAACGCAAGUAAUGCAAAUGGUAAAUAUUCAAAGCCGUUAGACAAAACGAAAGUUUAUAACUUCGGUGCAGAAUUAUCAUCAUCAGCGCACAAACCACCAAUUGAAGUUUCGAACCAUUCCGACGACAUUAACAAUAGAAGUGGCACUGAUGCCAAUAACGGUAUGCACUUGAAUCCGCUGCAUGUCAACAAAAGCAAUAGCAACAAUAGCAUCAAUAACAAUAACAGUACUAUGCUAAAUGGUAGUGCUACUGUCAAUAGUACGAACGGAAGCUUUUCUGCAGCUACAUCAAGGGAUUUUUCAGGAUAUUACACCUCCAAAAAUAGAACUAGGCCAUCCAGUUUGAUUUCUCAGGUAAGUCAACUAAGUCACUUAAGUCAGCUCUCUACCAUGAUGUCUGAAUCUGAACUUGAUAUGUUGGGUGGAACUGACACUGAUGAUUAUUAUGAUGAAGAUGGUAUGUAUGAAUCUUCAGUUAAUAAUUCUCAUAGUGAUCUAAAAAAUUUACCAGCAGGUAUGGCACCUUCAUCAUCAGUUAGCAGUAGAAGAGGUAUUAGGAAGAGGCCAAGCUACCGUCGAACCAUGUCUUCCGAUAUGUCAAUAUUGUCGACCUCGACAAACAAUACUGCCGCUCACUACAAGACUAAACCCAAGCUUUCCCAAGUUUCAUCUAAUACAUCGUCAAUUUCUGAUCAAAGUUCCCUCAAUGGCACAGAUUCGAACUUUCACGCCCCAAUUGCCUUGGAAAUUCCAGACCGUACUCAAUCUCCAGCCCCACAACUCAUAAUGAGAUCUAGUUCUCCUCUGCAGCUUAGAGCACCUGUGCCAAUGGAUAGGACUAAGAUUCAUACUCUUACAAAUGAAAAUGGUAGUGGGAAUGGGAAUGGUUUCGCAUCUACUAAUAUAUUUAAUACCUUUAUUAAUGGAAUACUGAAUGAACCAUUCGCUAGAUCUCAUUCACCUCCAGUUCCUGAAAAAUUCAGCAAAAUGAGAAGAAAACCUGGAGCAUUGGAAAAGGGCAAACAUCUGCCAGGAGCGGUACUGCCUCUUACGGGAACUCCACCAACCUCCAGCUCUGCUGUACCUACUAUUAAAGAUACACAUCAAGUCGAGGAUAAAGCUGUAAAGACACCGAAGGCAGCAACAAGCAUGUACGAACCUAAAUUCACCAUCAAUGAGGAAGAGGAAGAUGAAGACUAA